AUGGAAAUGGGCGGCGAUAUCGUAGGCAACAUAAUGAUGCUGGAACUGGAGACGUUUUCGGACGAGGAAGCGGCGUACCUGACAUCGCCGGACGCGCCGCAUUCCCACAUUGUUGACGAGGUGGUGGAAGCCCUUUUUGAAAACGUUUGCACCGCACCGAGGCGGUGUUCGUGGAAUACACCGAGUGUCCGGCCGGAAUGGAAGGAAGAGUUUCGUUUUGCGGGGGAGUGGUGGCUCUCCAUGCGUGUUUUACCCGCCACUGUGAAUCCGAAUGAGUACCACCCACCGCUUAUUCCAUUUUUGCUGCGAAACGUUCAGACAGAGAAUCAGUUUAUUGCUGAUCUCGCUCUUCAUAUGCGUCAACGAAGCUCUGUCCUCUCCCUCCUCCACAUGGAUCACAUCUCGAUAACCCCCGACCGGGCAAGUGUACUACUUUUUGAAGGAAUUUUACGUAAUGAAGCUCAGAAUUUAGAAUGUCUUUCACUUUCCUUCUGUGAGGUUGGGGCAGCUACACUUUUGUUGAUUUUGUGUGGUUUGAAUCAGUGCCGUUCAAUUCAGCCCCAACUGCGAUAUUUAAACCUUUCUUACAAUUGGAUUGAUGCUUCCUGUUCAAACAUGAUGGCAAUGCUGUUGGAGCGCACUUCUAUUCGAAGGCUGAGUUUGCAUGGCAAUCGUUUUGGUGGUAGUGACAUCACAUCCUUCUACGACUUCCUCCUCCAAGGAUGUUCACUUCUGGAGGAGUUGGAUCUUAGUUAUACAGCUCUUACAUGCGCCGAAGUGUGUGCGCUUAUUAGUUGUCUUCCCCGAAUGCGAAAUCUGGAAGUUCUUCUUCUUGACGGUGUAGAGGUGCCUGACAAUAAGGCAGCAGCACUCUCGACAGCCAUACGGAAGUCAAACCUCAUACAUGUAUCACUUAAAGGGAUUAUCGCCUGCAAUGGCGAGGCGUACCUACACCGUAUUCAUAAGGCCUGUCAACGUAACCGCGCAGCACGUGAUUUCCUGAAGGAUCGGUCAACGCUGCGAUAUUUUUCUGAAGGCGGAAGUUUUUUUGAGGCUUUUGCCCGAAGGACAUGUGAAAUGCAGCGUUUAGACGAUAGAGCUCUUCCUGUGACGUAUCGGCCAUUUGUGACAAAUGACCCCUCUCUCUUGCCCGCCAAAAACCUCUGA